AUGUUUGUCUGCUUCAGUCUUUUUCUGUCUAUUUCCUUCAUCUAUUCAUGCUUGUUUUUUAAUUGUUUCUGUCUGACUUUUGUUCGUUCAUACUUGUAUCUUUCUUUCAGUUUUUUCUCUCUCUUCCAGUUCACUUCUCUCUUCCUGUCCCUUUCCGUCCAUUCAUAUCUGUCGUUUAUUCUUCUGAUCGGUCUAAUUUUUUCGUUCAUAUUCGUCUCUUUCUUUCAGUUUUUUUCCUCUCUUUCAGUCUUUUUCUGUCUGUGUUUCAGUCUAUUCAUAUCUGCAUUUUUCUUCUUUGUCAUUUUUGCUUCAUAUUUGUCUCUUUCUUUCAGUCUAUUCUUGUCUGCUUGUCUAUUUAUGUUCAUGUCAAUCUACCACUAUUUUUAUUUCUUCCAUUUGGACUAUAUCUAUUCCCCUCUGUUCAUGUUUUUUUUUUUUACAUGCGAACUAUUGUCCUCCUUUUUUAACCACCCAGGCAGACAGGCAUCUCUUUUUACUACCCGCUACAGGAGGAGUAGAAUUUACCCUUUUACUACCCGCUACAGGAAACGAGGCAACCCCUUUACUACUCGCUACAGGAGGAGUAGGCAGCUCUUUUUAAAUACCCGCUACAGGAAGACAGGCAGACCCUUUUACUACCCGCUACAGGAAACGAGGAGUAGGCAGACCCUUUUACUACCCGCUACAGGAGGAGUAGGCAACCCCUUUUACUACCCGCUACAGCAGGAGUAG